AUGAAAGCCUUCGCUCACCUCAUUCUUCUUGCCCUCCUUUGUCCAUCCUUAGCCGUGGUCCAACGCAGUGCAGCCUCAGGUGCCUCUUCAAACAUAGAUAUUACAGCUACUACCGUCAUAAGUACACCUACUUCUACCACAUCUACUAUAACUCCUACCACCACAAGUACAACUACCACAGAUACUACAACCCCUACCACAGAUACUACAACUACCGUCACAAGUACACCUACUUCUACCACAUCUACUAUAACUCCUACCACCACAAGUACAACUACCACAGAUACUACAACCCCUACUGUCCCAAGUACAUCUACUUCUACCACAGAUACUACAACCCCAACCACAGAUACUACAACUACCGUCACAAAUACUACAACCCCUACUGUCCCAAGUACAUCUACUUCUACCACAGAUACUACAACCCCUACCACAGAUACUACAACUACCGUCACAAGUACACCUACUUCUACCACAUCUACUAUAACUCCUACCACCACAAGUACAACUACCACAGAUACUACAACCUCUACUGUCAUAAGUACAUCUGCUACCACAGAGAGUACAACUCCUAACACUGCUACAAGUACCUCUACUUCUCCCACAAGUAGUACAAUUCCUGCUACCCCCUCAAAUACAUCUACUGCUACCAUACCUACUACAGGCUACAGCACACCUUGCAAAGAGGAUUCCUGUCAGGGUGGUUCUUUGUGUGUUAAUCUGCAUAAUGAUUAUGUUUGCCUGUGUUCAGAGGGAUAUUACUAUAAUUCUUCCACAUGCAAAAAAGGAAAGAUAUUCCCUGGUACUAUUAAGGUCAAAAUAUCAUACACAGCUGCAUUGGAAAAUAAAACUUCUGUGCUGUAUCAGGAAUUAUACAUUCUAGUUACUACAUUUUUUAAAGAUACAUUUAAUAUUUCUGAUUACGGACAGACUGUAAUUGUUAAAGUAAGCAUAUCCGCUUCAGCAAGAUCUGAAAUGCGUGCUGGUAACCAGGGUGUUGACGUAGCAGUAGUAAACAUUUUUACAGAAACUACAAAGGAAAAUGAGACAACCAUAUCAAAUGCCAUUAGAAAUGCGAUUAAUGCACAACCAAGUAACUUUUCAGGAUAUGACCAGCAAGAUCGGUGUGAUUACUAUGGUUGUAAAAAACCAAAUGACCAAAAUGACUGUGACAGUGAUGUACUAUGUGAGUGCCAAGAGGGGCUGGUGAGACCAAACCCACAGAUGCUUAUGUGUCUUGAUUUGGGUCCAACGUGUCCUGAAACCUGCAAUGAACAGAGCAAGAAGCAAUGCCUAGUGACGAACAGCACGAGUGCUUACUGCAUGUGCCUGCCAGGCUACGAGGAAGAUAGUAAAGGGAUUUGUCAAAAGUGUGCAUUUGGCUACAGUGGAAUCAAUUGUAAAGACUCAUUUCAGCUGAUCCUCACAAUCGUGGGCACCAUUGCUGGCAUCAUCAUUCUUGGCAUGGUGAUUACACUCAUCGUCUCAAUGAGGUUAAAGAACAAAGGCAAGAAUGGGGAAGAAGAGACCUUGAUUGAGAAGGACUCGCAAAAUCUGAGACUCAAGGAGACUGGCUUUAGCAAUCUAGGCGCAGAGGGGAGCAUCUUCCCUAAGAUCAGGGUGAACCUGCCCAGAGACAACCAGCCAGAGAACCCCUACACAAGGCCGGGUAUUCUACCCAGACCAGACUAUUAG